AUGAGAAUUCUUCUAGUAGCUCUGCUGUCAUUGCUGGCGAGCAGUGCCAAUGCCUACAAGACAGGCCUCAUGGGCUAUGGCCAGUCGUGGUAUGAUCCUCCCUGCGCCUACGCCUGUCGGGCCGUAAUCGGCAACGCACCUCUUGACUGUCCAUCAAUGGCCCACGGUAGCAUGGGCACAAGCGAACACCCACAUGGCGGCUCACCACUAGCGCCCUGCAUCGCAACCAACAGCGACUUUCUACGCACUCUUGCAUACUGCCUCAACACUCGCUGCGCAGAUGUCUCACCCUCGAAACUUGAAUCAUACUGGGCUGGCCAAGCUACUGGGGAAAAGUCUGUGUCUGCUAAAUGGACCUAUGGUGCUGUGCUUGCGAAUGUGACAGCGCCUCCGAAGAGGACGUAUAUCGCGGGCGAUACGCUGAACUACACGGCGCUCAUCGCAGAUGCUGAUUAUCAGUAUCAGUAUGACUUCAAUGUCUUCUUUGACUGGGAGGAGGCUGUUCAAUCCACCUACGUGAUCAUUUUGAUCUCAAUUGGUGUAGCAACACCAGUCUUCUUCUCGGCUCUUGGCUACCUUCCCUUCAUGAACCGAGCCAUAGAUGAGAUCAGACCAUAUCUCAUCUACCCAUCAACCUUUCGAGGCUACAACGUACGCCAUCUUCCGUACCUUCUUGGUAACGCGCCAACGAUCGGUCAAGGGCUUUGGAUCGCCAUGUUUGUCAUCCUCAAUAUCAUCCUCGGCGCUGUCUCGUACAAGAACUUCGCAUACCCCCAUCCCUGGGGCUUCACCAAGUCAGCCGAGCUACUAGCAUACGUCGGCUAUCGAACAGGCCAUAUCUCGUUUGCCCUGCUACCACUCACCGUGCUGUUCUCUUCGCGCAACAAUAUCCUUUUAUGGAUCACCGAUUGGCCGUUCUCGACCUUUCUGGUCCUUCACCGCUGGGUAGCUCGCCUUUGCGUCCUUCAUGCGAUCGUUCACUCCAUCACCCUCCUCGCCGCUUACAUCAGCCUCGGGACGUACUACACGGACGUACACAACCCUUAUUGGAUCUGGGGUAUUGUUGGAACACUAUGUCUAGUAGUCCUUCUGGUCCAGAGCGUUCUUUGGUUCCGCCGUGCUUCAUAUGAAGUAUUCCUCAUCCUACAUAUUGUCCUCGCCGUUUUUGUUAUCGUUGGCUGUUGGUACCAUAUCUACUUCUGGAAGCCAUUCUCUGGAGUUUACGAAUUGUGGAUAUACAUGGUAUGCGCCGUAUGGUUCUUUGAUCGGCUCUUUCGCGUGCUACGCGUUGCGAAGAACAGCGUCCGCCGAGCCAGUGUCGUCGAGCUGUCUGAUGAAAUCGUCCGCCUAGAUAUCUCUGGUGUCAGAUGGCUAUCCACCCCAGGUCACCAUGCCUACAUCUACUUCCCUACACUGCAGCCCUUUCGCCCGUGGCAGAAUCAUCCUUUCUCAAUCACCAAUACUGCCUUACUACAGGAGGCGUUUGCAGCAGAAUUGUCGCAUUCGGGUGACGUCGAGAUGAGCCAAAAGAUCCCUCAAGUUGCCAUAGCACAGAGCUUUAAAGGCACUGAUAGCAUUUCCCUCUACAUAAAAAAGCACAGUGGCACAACGCGUCUAUUACGAAAACGCCCAAGCCUUCCUGUGCUGCUUGAGGGGCCUUAUCGCGGUAACCUUGGUCGUGAUGUGCUCAAGUGCGACAGAGUACUCCUCAUUGGUGGUGGAAUUGGUAUAACUGGUCUCCUCUCCUGGACCCGAGCACAUAUGAACGUGAAGCUGGCGUGGAGUCUGAAGGAGUCGUCCAGGCCACUUUUGCAAGAUCUCGAGCCAGCACUAAGCGAGGUGGCAGAUAAGGUCGUGUUGGUUGCUGAACGUUUGGAUGUUAAAGCGCUUCUACACCAGGAGGUUGGGGCAGGAUGGAAGAGAAUCGGUGUUAUUGUUUGCGGUCCAGCUGGCCUUUGCGAUGAUACUCGUGCAGCUGUGGUGAGCCUUGGAAAGACGGGCGGGGCGGUAUUUGAGUUAGAAGUUGACACCUUCAGGUGGUGA